AUGUGUUGCAAAGAUUUUCUUGACGCUGCUGAAGAUGGAUAUGUUUGGCGUAGAGUUUCUUUGGACACAUUCCCAUUAAUCCAGUGGCUUCCCAAUGACAAAGUAUCGUCGUUCUUGAACCGUUGCAAGGAAUAUGGAAAUAUGGAGAGCUUGUAUAGAGAAGGGUUGCAAAAAUAUUUUGAUUAUCCAAAUGGAAAGAUUGAUGGUCUUGAGAUCUUUAAGGUAGCCGCUCAAAAGGGUCACAAGGAAGCAAAAUAUGUGUAUGAAAGGAACCUACUUGCUCCUCUAAGCAUGUUCGGUUCUUCAUCAAAUUCUGAAGAUGUUGCUGACAGCUGGGUUAUGGACAAAGCCAUUGCCAAAGAUAGAACAAAGAGGUGUUUCUUCCCUGUCUGGGUUUUCUUUUUUCCUUUUGUUUUACCUCUUGUACAUGAAUUGAAGUACUCAUAG